AUGGCUUUUGGAGUUGACUGGCAAAGUGAUGAUUCAGAUGAUGAUCCUCUAGAAGAAAAACAUAAAGAACCUCCCUUGCCAGAUCUUCUCAAGGACAAAGAGCAUAACGGCCUCAUAAUAGACUUAUGUAAGUCAUUGGCUUCCUUGCAAAGAUAUUGCGAAGCAUUGGAGAUAAUAAAUCUUUUUUUGAAAGUAACUCGCAACACAUCUUCUGUUGCGGAGGAACUCCGGUCUCUUGGAGCUCAAAUUGCAUACAACACUCCUGAUCCUGAGCAUGGGGUUAGCUGUGUAAAAUACAUUGUGGACCUGCAUCCAUAUAGAAAUGCUGCCUGGAAAUGCUAUUACAAGGUAAUUAGCAGAUUAGAUGACUGGUAUGCAAGGCAUUACAAGUUUCUACGCAAUAAGAGAGACAAACUCAGAAACUGUGCACCUCCCAGUCUCAUUUCUGGGCAUCAUUUUACUAAAAAAAGCCGUCAUCAAGAUGCUGCGAGGGAAUACCUUGAAGCUGAUAAAUUAUUGCCGGAGAAUCCCCUGAUUAAUCUAUGUGUUGGUACUGCUUUAAUCAACUUAUCCCUUGGACAUAGACUUCAGAAUAGGCACCAGUGUGUUGUACAAGGAUUAGCAUUCCUCCACAACAAUUUGCAGCUUUGUGAAUUCAGCCAGGAGGCUUUCUACAACGUAGCCAGGGCUUACCAUCAGGUCGGCAUUGUGACUCUGGCAGCUUGGCAUUAUGACAAAGUUCUUGCAAUGCAAGUGAAGGAUUACCCCAUGCCAAAGCUUCCGCAUGAAAAGCCAGAGUCUGCUGAAAAUCGAAAACUGGGUUACUGUGACCUUCGAAGAGAAGCAGCUUAUAAUUUGCAUCUCAUCUACAAAAAGAGUGGAGCGGUUGAUCUUGCUCGAACCGUCUUAAGAGAUCACUGCACUUUCUGA